GACCUAUUGAUAUUCAGUGACCUAACUGUAGGAUCUGAGAUCCUAAAAUCUGAAGGAUAUAAAGAAUACUUUUCAGCUGCACUUAGAAACCUAAAAGCCCCUUUUAGAUAUUGCUUUCUAGUUUAUCGAGUUAGAUUACAAACAUGGAUGCAAUGAAUGACUUCACAGAUGAUGGUUCUUUCAUGUUUACGUCAGAGUCAGUGGGAGAAGGGCAUCCAGACAAAAUUUGUGACCAGAUCAGUGAUGCAGUCCUUGAUGCACAUUUGAAACAGGACCCUGAAGCCAAAGUGGCCUGUGAGGCUGUCUGUAAGACUGGUAUGGUGCUUCUGUGUGGUGAGAUCACAUCCAAGGGCAGUGUGGACUACCAGAAAGUUGUGAGGGACACCAUCAAACACAUUGGUUAUGAUAACUCUGAUAAAGGUUUUGACUAUAAGACCUGCAAUGUACUGGUGGCUCUUGAGCAGCAGUCUCCUGAUAUUGCACAGGGUGUACACAUUGAUCGGCGUGAAGAGGACAUUGGAGCUGGAGACCAGGGUCUGAUGUUUGGUUAUGCCACUGAUGAGACAGAGGAAUGCAUGCCUCUAACCAUUGUCCUUGCCCACAAACUCAAUGCCAAAAUGGCUGAACUGCGUCGUGAUGGCACUAUUCCUUGGCUCCGUCCGGAUUCUAAAACACAGGUGACUGUACAUUACAAGCAGGAGAAUGGAGCCAUGGUUCCUGUGCGUGUGCACACUGUGGUCAUUUCAGUCCAGCAUGAUGAAUUCAUCUCACUGGAGGAGCAGAAGAGGAUUUUGAAGGAGAAGGUCAUCAAUGCUGUAGUUCCAGCUAAGUAUCUCGAUGACAAGACCAUAUACCAUCUACAGCCCAGUGGCCGCUUUGUUAUUGGAGGACCUCAGGGAGAUGCUGGACUCACUGGGAGGAAGAUCAUUGUGGAUACAUAUGGUGGAUGGGGUGCCCAUGGUGGUGGAGCUUUCUCUGGAAAGGACUACACUAAGGUGGACCGUUCUGCAGCUUAUGCUGCCCGCUGGGUGGCCAAGUCUCUGGUCAAAGCUAAACUUUGCAAGAGAGUUCUUGUACAGGUGUCUUAUGCUAUUGGAGUGAACCACCCACUGUCUAUCUCACUCUUUACCUACGGUUCAUCUGAGAAGACGGAGAAAGAACUGCUUCAUAUUGUCAACAAAAACUUUGACCUUCGGCCGGGUGUUAUUGUUAGGGACCUGAAGCUGAAGAGGCCCAUUUACCAGGAAACUGCCUGCUAUGGUCACUUUGGCCGACCUGGAUUUACCUGGGAGGUUCCCAAAACCCUUGUAUUUUAAGCUGAGCAAGGCUCAGGAGACGCUUCCAUGAGACAACCAUGAAGACCUCUAUCAGAAUAACUGAGAGCAAUCCUGCCUUCUCCCGUCCCUCGUGGUUUUACUCAUCUCACCAUCUGAAUGCCAAUAUAUUCAUCUGAAACGAGACUCAACAGUGUAUGAAAAUUCUCAUGCGGUGUUUUUUUAAUUUAUUUUUUUAGAAGGCACUGUCAAUACAAAAUAGACUAUUUGGCCAAAAGUUGGUGAUCACCUGACCAUCACACCCAUCUGUGCUUUUUGAUCAUCCCAUUCCUGAUUUAGUCCCCCUUUGCAUUCGUGAUAACAUCCACUCUUCUGGGAAGGCUUUCUACUAGAUCAGGGGUCUUCAAUCUUAUCAGCAAAGGGCUGGUGUGGCUGCAGAAUUUCAUACCAGCCAAAUGGGAUGUACACUUGAUAGUUGAACAAGGUGAACUGAUUAAACAAGGGGAAUCAGUUGUGGCUCCUACUUGGUUGGAAUGAAAGCAGGCAGCCGAACCGGCCCUUUGUGGAUAAGACUGAAGACCCCUGCACUAGAUUUUGGAGCAUGGCUGUGGGGAUUUGCCCAUUUAGACACAAGAACAUUAGUGAGGUCAGGCACUGAUGUUGGGUGAGGAGGCCUGAGGUACAGUCAGCAUUCCAAAUCAUCAUCAAGGUGAUCAUCAUCAAUGGGGUUUUCAUUUCCAGGCCAGUCGAGAUCUUCCAGUCCACUCUUGGCAAACCUUGUCUUUGUGGACUUCAUUUCACUGCACAGGGGCAUUGUCAUGCUGGAACAGGUUUGGGCCCCUUAGUCCCCUAUACAUCCUAUAUAAUUGUGUGUUUCUAACAUUGUGGUAACAGUUUAGGCAAGACCAAUAUAUGGGUGUGAUGGUAAGGUGUUCACAAACAUUUUUGCCAUAUAGUGUAUUUUCCGAUUUUCCAUAUCUGUAGAACAUGCAUUAUUUUUGCUCAACCUUGUCUUAUUUUAACAUGCAAAGUUAACACUGUUGUAAAAAGCAUUGGCAAGAAAUUCCACAACAACUGCUGCCUUUGAAACAAACCGACCACAUGGAAAUUUAUACUGCUCAGGGACUGAUUGCAGUAACAGCUCUAAUUCAGAGCCAUUCAUAUCUUAAUUGUAAGUGCAAUAUAUAAGUUGUAAGUGCAGUCACUUCCUAUAACUUAAGUCUUAAGUACCACAGCAGCUUAAACUGAGUGCUAGAUAAGACUUACAGUCAAUACUUUUUAGAAUCCUUGUGGGAAACACACAAAUUACCACUAUUUUCAUUAUGGUAUCAUAUACAAAAUAUUGUACAGUGUUGUGAAAAAUUAUUUGCUUGCCUGAGUGAAAAUGUAUUUGCCGCUGUAGUUACUAAUUCCCCAAAUCUAUGACACUGCAUUCAUAAUGCAGACACAACCAGGCCUGAUUACUGCAAACCCUGUUCAAUCAAAUCAACACUUAGAUAACACAAUAGAACUUUUUCAACAGCAUGAAGUAAAGAAGAAAUUCCAGAAAUGAUGAGGAAGAAGGUGAUUGAAAUACAUCAGUCUGGAAAGGAUUACAAAGCUAUUUCAAAGGCUCUAGGAUGCCAAAGGACCACAGUGAGAGCCAUUAUCUCUAAAUAAAACUGCACAGUAGUGAACCUUCCCAGAAGUGGUCGACCUUCCAAAAUUCCUCCAAGAGCACAACAAUGACUUAUCCAGCAAGUCACAAAAGAGCCAAGGACAACAUCAAAGGAACUAUAGGCAUCUCUUGCAUCACAAAAGGUUACUGUUCAUGACUCCACUAUCAGAAAGACACUGGGCAAAAAUGGUAUCCAUGGAAGAGUGGCAAGAUGAAAACCACUGCUAACCCAGAACAUCAUUAAGGCUUGACUGAAUUUUGCAAAAACACACCUUGAUGAUCCUUUUGGGAGAAUGUUCUGUGGAGCUGUUUGGAAAACAGGGGUCCCGGUACAUCUGGCAUAAACCAAACACAGAAUUCCACAAAAAGAAUAUCAUACCUACGGUCAAGCAUGGUGGUGGAUGUGUGAUGGUGUGUCUCCGGUCUUCCGUCCGUAAAUUGAAACUCAAGCGCAACUGAUUUAUGCAGCGAGACAAUGAUCCAAAGCAUAGGAGUAAGUCCUAGUCCUAGAAGUAACUGAAACAUUGAUUUCCAGUUAUCGGAAGCAUUUGGAUUUUUUUUUUUUUUUGCUUCAAUAAAAAAUUAAUUCAUAAAUAAAACCUGUAUUGUACUAUUUAAAGAGAUAUACACAAAAACAGAUGAAAUCAGAAUACUUUUUCAUAGCACUGUAUAUGACUAUCUAGUUGAAGUGCAGUUGUCUUGUCCUUAUCAUCUCCACACACAAAAAUCUGCUGCUUUUCAUGGAGAAAUUCAGUUUAUUGACUGAAAAUCAUUAUUGUCUUAUGCAUUAAUAGGACCUGCAAUGCAAAAAAAGUAUCAAUCAAAUAAUGCUGCUCACUAUAAUGCAGGUCACAACAAAGGGUGCAACUAUACCAUUUUUUUUUUUUUCUUACUAUACUGGGUGUUUGUACUAUACUUCAGUUGCAAUACAUACUGUAUGCAAUUGCAAUAUGGUGUUCUGUCCAAGUUGUGCGGCUCCAUUUUAAAACCUGAUACUUUUACUUUUUUGUUGGUUUGUAGUGAAGCAUGGGUAUGAAUUGGUGGACCAUUAUAAUAUUUAAAGUAAAAUAAGUUUGGUGUGAGACUGUUAUCAAUGUCAAAACAUUACAGGCAUCAUACGGCUUAAGAAAUUAACUUCGUGCCUUAUUUCAUAUAAAAUAAGUUUUAAAUGUUUGUUUUUUUUUUUAUACCAGAGUAUGGCACGAAAAACAUAUCAGUGUCUGCCUGUUUACAGAUUCACUGUGGUAUAAAGUAAGAACAUUAUGCACCAACAGCUAGUGUAUGAGUGUGUCUGUGUAAUCAGCUAAACUCCAAAUCAUGCUGUAUGACUGAGGUAUACUAAUCCUCCUUUCUAUAUGUCCAAGAUACUGCUUUUUAUAGCCAGCACUACAAAUCCUGCCUGUUUUUAUCAGACCAGUUCUGUUCAAUUGUGACCUGUCUUUGUCAUACGUGAUUUGAUCUGUGUAAAUAAUUGUGAAUAAUUAUUAUUAAAAAAGUGGAACAGUCAUUUAACCAGAA